UGUCUUCCUUCGUAAUUACGCGCUAAAUCCAGCAAGUAAACAGCAGCUUUGUCUUGUCCCUUUCUCCAUUUUCAAAACCUAAACAACAAACUUAAACCUAAAAAAUAGUUUUAAGCAAUUAAAAAUCGCAAAUAAAUCUCCGUCGGUGCUUCUUCUCCGAUUCGUCUUCUUCUUCAUGAUAAUAAGCACGCGCAUUUAGCUCCAUGAAAGUGCCACCAUCACAGUAACACUCUACACUCACUUUCUAGAUUGUAGGGAGAGAAAGAGAGAGAGAGAGAAAGAGAGGUUUCGUACCCCAGCUUUCUCUCACAUACCCACCCACGCGCUAGAUGGGCCAAGACAGCGGUUUCUCUGCUCAAAAGAGAGCCGGAGCGCUGCCCACCACCGCUAACGACGCCGGAGCCGCCGCCAUGAAUGGAGAUUCCAGGAGCCGAGCUAGCCCCCCGGUCCCUCGCGGCCGCCAGAUCCAGCGGACCUUCAACAACGUCAAGAUCACCAUCCUCUGCGGCUUCGUCACCAUCCUCGUCCUCCGCGGCACCAUCGGCGUCGGCAACCUCGCUUCCUCCGACGCCGACCUCGAGAACACGUACCUGAUCGACGAGACCAACCGGAUCCUCGACGAGAUCCGGUCCGACAAGGACCCGGACGAUCCGGAGGGCCAGUCGGAUCGGUUCCUCAGCCCCAACGAGACCUUCUCGCUGGGCCCCAAAAUCACCGGAUGGGACGAACAACGGAAGGUAUGGUUCGAGAGACACCCCGGAUUUCCUAAUUCCGUGAAUGGGAAACCUAGGGUUUUGCUUGUUACCGGGUCGCCACCGACCCCGUGUGAGAACCCAGUUGGGGAUCAUUACUUGUUGAAGGGUGUGAAGAAUAAAAUUGACUAUUGCAGGAUUCAUGGGAUUGAGAUUGUGUAUAAUUCGGCCAAUAUGGAUAGGGAAAUGGACGGCCACUGGGCCAAACUGCCUUUGAUAAGGAGGCUAAUGCUUUCCCAUCCCGAAAUCGAGUGGAUUUGGUGGAUGGACAGUGAUGCUUUCUUCACUGAUAUGGCUUUUGAGAUCCCUCUGUCAAAAUAUGAUAGCCAUAAUCUUGUUAUCCAUGGCUACCAGGAUUUGUUGUUCGAUCAGAAGUCAUGGACUGCAUUGAGUACGGGUAGUUUUCUCAUUAGGAAUUCACAGUGGGCACUAGAUUUGUUGGAUGUUUGGGCUCCAAUGGGGCCUAAAGGACCUAUUCGUGAGGAAUCUGGGAAGACUUUGACGGCGAAUUUAAAGGGUAGACCAGAAUUUGAAGCUGAUGAUCAAUCUGCACUGAUAUAUUUGCUCAUGUCGGAGAAGGAUCAGUGGAUGGAUAAAGUGUUUCUUGAGAACUCGUAUUAUUUGCAUGGAUAUUGGGCGGGAUUGGUGGAUAGGUACGAGGAGGUGAUGGAGAAGUACCAUCCUGGAUUUGGUGAUGAGAGAUGGCCAUUUGUUACGCAUUUUGUGGGAUGCAAGGCGUGUGGGAGCUUUGGGGAUUUCCCGGUCGAGAAAUGCGUGAAAAGCAUGGAAAGAGCUUUCAAUUUUGCGGAUAAUCAAGUUCUUAAUUUGUACGGGUUUAAGCACAGGGGCUUGUUGAGCCCUAACAUCAAGAGGAUCCGGAAUGAAACUACUGCUCCACUGCGGAACGUAGAUCAAUAUGAUUUUCGACAUGCAAAGCAUGAGAGCUAAGAUUACACCAUCAUCAAUAGUCUUGAAUCUGUAGUGUAUAUGGAUCUUCUGUCUUCCACACAAUGUGCUGAUCAUUCAUCAAUGUUCUCAUCUGUCCAAGACGACAACAUGAAACAUUUGGAAUGAGGGCCGACUACUUGUACCUGUUACUCAAUCCAGAGUUAAAAGUGCAUUUUUCAUUCUUUUCCCUGUCAAGGUCUCAUGCAAAACAAGUUUGUGUUAGUUUUACAUACUUUCACCGGCAUUCUCAGGCUCUCGGCUUCAAAGGAAGAUGACACGCACAAGUGUAAACUGCAUCGACCUUUUCGACUCCAAAGGAUGGCUUGAUGCCUGUUCCUGUUAUGGCCUUUUCGACCAUUAGAAUUUGCUAGAUAGUAAGUACACUGCUGAUGGUUUCAAGUUUGAGCCUAUCUAGAGAGGUGUGUUUAGAUGUGAGCAGAGCAUACAUAUACAAUUUGCAAUUUCUUGAUCAUUCUUUUCCCUAAAACUUCAUAGAUUCCCUUUCAGGUUAAAGGCUAUUCUUAGUAGUUUGGAUUGUAUGGGCAAUAAGUUUAUUAUCUUUUACUGAACUAGUCAUUUCCAUUUUUUUCCCUCAACUAUUGUCAAUCAUCACUCAUGACCAUAGUUUGCCUUUUC